GCGUUAUUUUCAUUUUCCUCCCAUCAAUUUAUUAUCAACAACGAAAAAACAAAUAGUCUUUAACAAUAUCAUUUCUGUUGCAACAAACUCUUUUAACUUCUUUCUACCACUGCCAUUGCAACGCCACACUGAAUCACCAUUUCUGUCAGUUUGCUCAAAUUCAGAAAGUGAUUGAGGAGAUUAGUCAGCAUAUAAACUUGGUCAUAACCUGAUAUUGUUGUAAUUCAAUCUUCCUUGUUAGACGACGCGUGAUGGUCUUGGAUUGUUAGAAAGGGAUAGCCCUCAUGAUGGCCACAACAGCAGUUAUUGGACUGAGUGCAGGAAAAAGACUCUUGAGUUCUUCCUUCUAUUAUUCUGAUCUUAAUGAAAAGCUAUCUUGUAGUAGUGAUCAUAGUUUGCCCUGCCAUCAGGUUCCUACUGUUAAAAAUGUGAUCUCCGCUAAAAAGUCAUCCGAUUAUAGCCCCAGUUGUGUAUCCAGUCGAAAACUACAAUCUGUCAAGGCUCUUAAAGAGCAUGUAGACAUUGCAUCCGACCCUUCUGAUGUGCAGUCCUGGUUUGAAAGGUUCGAACAAUUGCAAAAUGAAAGUGAUGACGAGGAGGAUGAUUCGGUGGAGGUUCUACUCUUGCUGCAGAAGUCCAUGCUUGAAAAGCAGUGGAAUCUUUCUGCUGAAGAGACAUUGACUGCUUCUACACAACAUGAAAAGAAUUGUAAGAAGAUGCAUAUUGCUUGCUCAGGGACAUCUGCUAGGCGGAGGAGAAUGGAUUCUCGACAAAGGGUUCUUGCUCAAAAAAGUUCAGCUACACCUAUAAGUGCAACCAAGCCACUGAGGUCAAUACUUGGACCAGAGCUACUUCAAAAUCGUUUAAAAGGUUAUGUUAAGGGUAUAGUAAGUGAAGAGCUGCUCACACACACUGAAGUGCUUCAACUAUCCAAAAAGAUUAAAGUUGGUCUUCAUGUGGAAGAGCAAAAAUCAAGGCUGAAGGAAAGACUGGGAUGUGAGCCUUCUGAUGAUCAACUUGCUGUUUCCUUGAAAAUGUCCCGUACUGAUUUGCAAUCUACAUUAAUCGAGUGUUCCUUGGCAAGAGAAAGGCUUUCAAUGAGCAAUGUUCGUCUUGUCAUGUCAAUCGCUCAAAGAUAUGAUAAUAUGGGUGCUGAAAUGGCUGAUCUCGUUCAGGGAGGCCUUAUUGGACUACUACGUGGGAUAGAGAAAUUUGAUCCCUCUAAAGGAUACAAAAUCUCAACUUAUGUUUAUUGGUGGAUUCGCCAGGGUGUCUCCAGAACCCUGGUUGAGAAUUCGAGAACCUUAAGAUUGCCAACACAUCUGCAUGAAAGACUCGGUCUAAUCCGUAAUGCAAAGAUGAGGCUUGAAGAGAAGGGAAUAACUCCAUCUGUAAAUAAUAUAGCCGCAUCCCUAAAUAUGUCCCAGAAGAAAGUCAGGAAUGCAACUGAGGCAAGCAGCAAGGUGUAUUCACUUGACAGGGAAGUGUUUCCCUCUUUAAAUGGUCUGCCUGGAGCAACUCUCCAUAGUUACAUCGCUGAUAACCACCUGGAGAACAACCCAUGGCACGGUGUUGAUGUAUGGGCACUCAAGGAUGAAGUAAACAACCUCAUUUCAUCAACUCUUAGGGAACGAGAGAGAGAAAUUAUCCGACUGUACUAUGGUCUGGACAGUGAAUGUCUCACGUGGGAAGAUAUUAGUAAAAGGGUUCUUUCUGGAUAUUUUAGAAGUCUAGAACUGCCAUCUCUUAGAAGCCAAAAUGAAAUACAGUUACACAUGAAGCACAUCAAGUAUUCAGGUUGCCAAAAUCGCCAUGUGAUGAUGAGAAACAAUUUUAAGUACCUAUCGGGUUGUAAAGAAACUGCACAGAUUGAUCAAGCUGCAGAAUCGGCACAUAUUAAAACAUGGAAAUUUGCACAGGAUAGGCUUGUCCAGAGAGAGGGUCAGGCAGGUUGGAUUAGUUGCACUUGAGAAACUAAAACAUGCUGCAAGGAAAAGGCGACUAGACGCAAUGUUGAUCAAACAGUAAUUUAAAGCAUUUGCAGAGACCAUAAUACGAUUUGACUGUACAUAUAAUGUGAGAAUCUUGCAUCUCCGACUUAUUUUUAUGAGGAGAACGUACAGAUAAAGAACCCGAUACAUUCUUGACCACCCCUCUCCGCGGAACCAAGCUCCCAAAUAUGUAUGUGCAGAGACAGAAUAAUGUAGACGACAUUUUUUUGUACCAUAUAUUAUAGGAUGCAUGACGAGCAAAGAGCAAAGAGGAGAUUGUUUGCUGACAUAGUAGAUAAUUACAAACAAAUGUUGUAAUCUGUAGGUAUAUUCUACAUUUUUAUGUCUUUCCACUUGAUGUGAUACUGAUUGAUUAUUUCUGGCAAGACAACAUGUAUACUUCCUUUUCAUACUUACUACCAUCUAAAUCUCAAGCACUCUAAAUAUCAAAGCAUCUUUUACUAUUCCA